AUGGAGAAAGACGACUGUGAAAAGAUGUCCACUAAAGGGCGGGAAACUCCAAGGCUAAACAUGGAACAUGGAUUUAUGCAAUCCAUAAUAAAGAAUCAAGUCGACAGAGAUGAGUACGACAAAGAACAGAAGCUUUUAAAGUUGCAAAACAAGCCAGGCGGGCCAUCUAGGAGAGAAAGGCCGAAAAGAGCGGCAAUGCAAGUUUACGUUCCUCCACAUUUGAGACAGAAAGGAACACAGAAAGAGAAAGAACAAGGAACCGCUAGUAAGCCCACAUCAACCUCUCCUAGUGGUGAGCUUUGGCCUUGUUUUACUCUUGUUUGUGUUUGUAUGAUUCACCACAAUUCAAAUUGGGAAUGGUUGAAUUGUGGCGGGAAUAGUGGCUGAAAAUUGAUGUCUGUGCAUUUAACAUCAACAUAUGUCCUUUGUUAUUAGAAAGGAACGAGAGCUUUUCUCAAUAAACCUUAUAGCAGCACUCUUUUGAUGAAAGAAACAAAUCCCUGUGAACCAUGUUUGUUUAUAAACUGAUCAACUGUAUCCUAGAACCCUUUAAAAUAAACCUUUACUAGUUGCACGUAAGACGGUUGUUUACACAUGGUUGACUAGUCUUCUCCUCGAGAGUUUGAUCGCUCCCAAACUGUUAGAGAUUAAGUUUAAAAAUAAACCUUGUAUUAAAUUCUCAACAUUAUCACUCGCUUUGACAAUGCUAAAAUCCAAGAAGGUUGUAGGGUGGAGCUAAGUCAGUAGUGCAUAACAGCCAUAGCAUACCCCCGUUUUUGCAGGAUGAAGUGAAUACAAAUAGUAUCAACUCCUAAAUGGGAUGUCAGGCUACUAUAUGUAACCCCCUCCCCUCCCUCAAUUUUUAUUUCAGGCUUCCAAGCCAUUUUUCUAGAAGUCAUCUAAUAGAACAGACCCUUUUAACACCUUAACACUAGCAUUCAUAUUCUCUUCACUGUAACCUAUACAUUUCUUAACCCUUUAACUCCCAGAUCAAAUUUGCAAUUCUCCCUACUGUCAACCACACAAUUAUUAUAAUGUUAGUACGGAGAAUUUAGUAUUGGAUCAACUAAUUAUUCCAAAAUUGAUAAUUUCUUUAUUCUCAUCACUUAUCUCAUUGGCAUUGUAUUAAUAUUGUAAGGGGAAAUUCUGUCUUGGUCAUUCAUGCAAGUAAAAGGGUUAAGGUGCAGACAAUGAGAAUUUUUAUUAAUAGUUAAGAGCUUCUUUUGAUUGGUGAUCAUUCCCUUUGUUCUCGUGACUUAACUGUUUGAUUCAGGGGUGAUAUUGUAAAGAGAAAUUAGAAAUUACUCUUAUGGGCUUAAUGGUGGUUAGGUUGUAGUGCAGUAUGUUAUGCCAACAGGUAGGAUAGUGUUAUCCACCCUUUGAAAGACUAGGCCCAGAACAGAGCUAUCUGGCUAGGGUUUGAAUCAAGAUCUCUCAGUCUGGAGUCUAACAUGCUACAGGUAAUGUCAGCCCCUUGCUUGGUCCUGCCAAGUUCCAUCACCCCCUAUGAAGCUCUGUCACCCCAAAUUAAUGGCAACCCAACACAGAACUACUGGUUAGGCCCCAGUGACUCCCAUUAUUCUACAUUAUCUAACAUAAAUAUAUGUACUUGCAUAGCAGCUUCAAAAACAGAAGACUGGGAAGCAGAGGAAAAACCUGCCUCUGAAGUCGCAAUCCAGAUGAAGCUUGAAUUUGUUAGACAGGAUGGGAAAGUAAGCAAAUUGGACAUCUGUGAGGUAAGCACUUUAGCCUUACAGUACCAUGAAACAUGAACAUUUGUUGGGUUUAAAUUUAGGCUGAUUUUGAAGCUUUACCUUGAUAUGCCAAAUAAGUUCCUUUACAGAAAAAAAUCCUACCAUGUACAUGCAAAAAGUUUUAUGGUGCCAAAUUUACCCCCUUUGUCAACUAAAAAGCUCUACAGACUCACAAAAUAUCAUCAACCAGUCAUCAACUGUGUGGAUGUCAUGAUAUGUGGAUAUUUGUCUAAAGUGUGUGUACCUACCUGUUCAGGUAUUGAGGUAGAGAUAGUGGAUAAGAAAAUGCCAGAAAGUAAAAGCAGGUGUGAAAAAAAAUGUGAAUGACAUUGAAAUUUAGCCACAAAUUUCUGCUUAGGAGGUAGAGAAAGUUCUGAUGGUCAAUGGUUAACAAACACCCAGUGCAGCUAAGUAUUUCUUUGACUGAUCUUUCCUUUAAUUUUCUUGCAGGGAGAAGAUCUUAAGAAGGUGGUGAGCAGUUUUGGCCGUGCCAAUGGCCUAGAUGCUCGACUAAGAGAUGCUCUGUAUCAUCGCAUUUCCACAGCUUUAAAGGAGAGAGCAGUGUAAUGACAGCAACUCUUCUAUUUGAAUUUAUUCAUAUUGAAUAAACUUCUUGUUACAUUUUAUUUUAUACCUAUUUCUAAGUUCACAAACUUUCUGGCAAAAAUAGCUUGUUUGAUCAUGUGAUAUGAAACUCUGAAUAUGAAUAUAAUUAAUGUGUCAUAGUCACCUUAAGUUUGGACUCUAUCAAUAGGAUUUUUUUCUUAGCCUCAUCUAAAUUUGAGGGGUUUGGAAGAAGUUAAAACAGUCAUGCAAACCUUAGAGGCCGUCAAAGAUUUGUGUUACUCUUGAGAAUUCAACCCAAGAUUAUUUAAUAAGGCUUUUUAAUCAAAAUGACAAUAUUCCUUUAUUGCUUUUGUGAGAUCUCUGUUAAAUACUUGUGUACAUAUUCACACUCUUAUCUUAACACACUGAUUGCCCAAUGAGAGCUCAUGUACUAUCUUAAUUAAUCUAUUCAUUUAAUAGGAAUAAGUUUUGUUAAGAAAAUUUUUUUAAAUUGUUCUGUUUACAUACUGGAAAUCCUUUCAAAGAAUUUAUUUAUAAAUAUGCAGAUUUUAUUCUAUUGGGAGAUAGGAAUAUGAAUCAUAGGUUUAAUGAAUGAACCUUAUACUGUACAGAUUUAUAUUUUCGUAAAUUAUUUCAAAUAUGGAUGUUUUUAUUAAAGGUUU